GUGGAUUUUUAUUCCCCAUUGAGAAAAAGGUAACUGUUUCCAGCAAGGCUUCUAGAAAAUUCCAAGGAAACCUAUAUCGUGUUGAAGGGAUAAUUCCAGAAUCAACAGCUAAACUAUCUGAUUUCCUCUACCAACCUGGAAACAGACUUACUUGGGAUAAAUCAUUGAAGGUGUGCAAUAUGAUACAGAGGAUUGAUUCGGACACAGUUUUAUGUCAUACCAUUACACAAAGUUUUGCCAUGGGCUCAAUUUCCCCCCGAGACUUUAUCGACUUAGUAAACAUCAAGCACUACGAAGGAAAUAUGAGCAUUAUCAGUUCUCAAAGUGUGGAUUUUCCAGAAUUUCCUCCAUCUUCAAAUUACAUCCGCGGUUAUAACCAUCCUUGUGGCUUUAUAUGUUCACCUCUGAGUGAAAACCGAGAGUAUUCCAAACUAGUGAUGUUUGUCCAGACAGAAAUGAGAGGAAAAUUGUCCCUAUCAAUAAUUGAAAAAACCAUGCCUUCCAACUUAGUAAGUUUCAUCCUCAAUGCAAAAGAUGGAAUAAAGGCACAGAAAACUUCAUCAGGAUAUGGAUUUCAUCCUAAUACUCUUUCAUCAUUCCAAAACAAGAAAUGAGGUCUUGCUGCUAUGAAAUCAUGUGCAGCAGUUAUUGCAGUUUACUUGUGAGUCAACAUGCAUAACAACAGUUAAACGAUUCUAGACAGUACUCUUAUACAAAUUACUGAAGAUACUUUGUGAAAAUAAGAACUCAUAGUUGUACAAGAAAACAGCAUUAAAUAGUUUUUAAUCUCACAUAAGAAUGAUGUUAAAUAACAAAUGUUAUUAAUACAUUUUUACCUUUUGCUUUUGCC